GAGGGGUGUGGAAAAGUCGUAUCCGAUGGUGUCUGGGAGCGAAACUGAGCGCGCACCGGGAGCGCGCUUAAAGGACAGCUUCUGGAGGAGAGCGAGGAGCUUGGCUCGCGAGUAGGAACCCGUUAAUCUGCCCUGCCGCGCUAGUCUUGUCAAAACGAGACAUCCCUCACCCUCUGUCCGGUAAACUAGGACACUCUGGGGAACGGAUUGAAUUCCCUCCUCAAAUCACAGCAUCUUUACCGGCACAAUCUUUCCAUCCCGCUAACGGCUCAGGAAUACAAAGUUGUACCACUUUUAAACGACUCUUCGGGACUGAACGCCCAUUAUUCGUUUUUGGACAGAAAAAUCAGAAUGUUUUUAGUGUGUUUUGAGUUGCGUUGACUUGGAUAUACACUUGAUUCGCGCCGUUUUCCCCCGUUACUUAGUGUGGAAUAUCUGAGGACUUUAUUCGACGCUCCAGAAGGAAAGAAAAAUACUUUGAAGAACUGCUUAUGGAAAUUUGAGGAGUUUUAUUUAUUUAUAAUUAUUUUCCUUAUCAAGUACGUAUGAUAUUUCGAUGUGUGUGGUGCGGGAGUAUUCGCCGCCCCUUUUAGACCAGAAUUAGUCAGUGUGGUCCCGGAGUAGAGGCUAGAUCAGUGUCUUCUCGAUCUCACGCACUCUCCUCACUCUCCUUUUCUUCUUUUCCCCCAAAGGUUUUUUUUCUGUUUCCAUGGAAUAACUGAUCAGGAAAACGACUGAACGACAAAGUGUCUUGUCCCCCCUCCCCUCCCCCCCCCGUACCCACCGCCUGUAACUGACAGGCGUUUUUUGGUUAGUUCUUCUCCGGAGAAUGCUCAAUGAUCGAUGGGGAAUCAUGAACAGCUCACCGGAACUCGAAGACGGACAGCGGGGCAAAAAUCAGACAUUCUGUGAGUGUGUGCCCAGCUCCUCUCAGCUCAAACAUCGCUGGUCAGACUCAGACACAGUCAGACAAACACCGCCCAAGAGGAUGAGUUGUAGCUAUCUGCUAUGUACCAUCCUUCUCUUUGUUGCCGUUCUGCUCGCAGUCACAGUGACGGGAACCAUUCUUCUUAUGAACCACUACCAGGCUCCCCCCAUGUCGGACGGACCGCCUCAUAUUAGCACCAAUCAGGACGAAGCCAAUGCGUUGGUGACAGUUGAGAGGGGUGAUGGAUCACGCAUCAAUAUCUUCAUCGACCCCAACUGCCCUGAUUAUAACAGUAAUUUCCUGCGGCUGGAAGGCGUGCAGACAUCUUUGCUGCAUUCACUCACCGACCACGAUACGGAUCUCAAGUCCGUCAAAGGUCAGGAUCGAGCGCUAUUGGUCAACUUGGCAGAGGAAGUUGCUAAGCUGUCUGCCCACGCGGGACAGCUGAAGAUGGACUAUGAGUCUCUCAGAAGAGGUCAAAGCAACCUGGGACAGGACCUGAAUACACUGCAGACUGAACAGAGCAGACUUAUACAGCUGCUGUCCGAGAGCCAGAUUAACAUGGUGAAGGUUGUCAACUCUGUGAGCGAUGCUCUAAACGCCAUGCAGAAGGAAACUGGAGGUCUAAAGGCCAGAGUGAAGGCUGACCUGCAGAGGGCGCCAGUCAGAGGAGUUCGCCUGAAAGGCUGUGCUAAUGGCUCCCGUCCACGGGACUGUAGUGAUAUAUAUGCUAGCGGUCAGAGAGAAGAUGGCAUCUACUCUGUUUUUCCCACUCAUUAUCCUGCCGGCUUUCAGGUCUACUGUGAUAUGAGCACGGACGGGGGUGGCUGGACGGUAAUCCAGCGGAGGGAGGAUGGGUCUGUGAACUUCUUCAGGGAGUGGGACUCCUACAGGGAAGGAUUUGGCAAAAUCACUGGAGAGUACUGGCUUGGGUUGAAACAAAUCCAUGCUCUCUCUAUCCAAGGAAACUACGAACUGCGCAUAGAUCUUGAAGAUUUUGAGAACAGCACAGCUUUUGCACAGUAUGGUGUGUUUGGAGUUGGACUGUUCUCUGUUGAUCCUGAGGAUGACGGUUACCCCCUCACCAUCGCUGAUUACACCGGAACUGCAGGAGAUUCAUUGCUGAAGCACAAUGGAAUGAAGUUCACCACAAAAGACAGAGACAACGAUCACUCGGAGAACAACUGUGCUUCGUUCUACCAUGGUGCCUGGUGGUACCGCAACUGCCACACCUCCAACCUGAACGGCCAGUACCUGCGCGGACAGCACACCUCUUACGCCGACGGGAUCGAAUGGUCGUCCUGGACCGGGUGGCAGUACUCGCUAAAAUUCACAGAAAUGAAAAUUCGGCCAACACGCGAAGAGCGAGAAAGCAAGUAACCACACAAAAAGUCAAAUUUAAAUGUAAGGAAAUUUUAAAAAAAAGUUAAAAAGACUUGAAUAUGGGACUUGCGGUGUGGAAAACAACAAGGACAGUGGUUGUUGCUAAUCUGAAAAAGAGCUUUCUGUUGUCCUGUUUAUUAAUUUGGCAGAAAAGUCGCACUGUUGUGUGGCCGUGCUGUAAGUCCUGCCCUCCAUAUGACAAUGUCUUUAUCAUCAGGCCUUGACGUUUCUUUACACCCCAGCUGUCGGAUCUCAGCUCACCCCUGCACUGACUCAAUACUGUGACUCACACUUCGGUUCUGACAAAAAAAAAAUUACACUGAAUCAAGGAUCCUAUUAUCUUGCCAACGGUUAGGGAAUGAAUUAAUGGAGAACUGUGUACGACAAUGAAAUGUUGGAAUGGUUCCUCUGUCAGCAAAGCCCGUUUCCGUUCUCCCUCUUAUUGUUUAACACGCAAUUAAUACGCCAAACACACAUUUGGCUGAGGCCAAAUCUCCACUAAGUCUUCAUGUUUGAAGAAGGAGACUAGUACAAAUGAAGAAAGUGUGGAAGAUGGGAGGGAAAUGAGAGAGAGAGGCAGUCAAGGAGGAGAGCAGAGCAAAGGUUUCUGUGGGAGUUUGUCUCUCAUCUGUCUGACAGGCCAUUAGUGAGCAUAUUGGCCACUUUGUCUGAUCGCCAUUGCCAAGUGAUCAUCAGCCAGGCUCUUCAUCUCGCACAUACGCAGAUGGAGGCUGUUUAUGUGUGUCUGUGAGCGAGAUAAAAGGAAAAUGCGAUAUUGUCUCGUCUCCUUCCCAAGCGAGUGUUUCUGACUCAGCACAAGUUUGAGUGUUCUCGAGGAAUCUCUUUAUUGGCCCGACAAGCUCGCUCGAGUGUGUUUACUUAGCACUCAUACACACGUCAUUUGUUCACGCACGCCUUUGGACGCUGUGUCGCAAUGCUAAUUUAAACAAGCCGCCCUGUCCUCUUUUAUGUGCGAACGCUAACGUGUAUAUCAGCUCAUUCACUGCCGUCUCUCUCUCCAGCUCACUUUCCAAAGGUCAGACAUCUCGAACGUGAAUAUUGUGCUUCUUUCCCCUCAUGCUGGAGCAAGCUCCCGUCAUCUCUCGCCCUUUCUUUCUUCCUUCCCUCCUGGUCUUCUUCUCAUUUGUUGUCCCUCCGCUCUCCCUUCACUCCUUGGGUUUGUUUUCUUUGGUCCCCUGUGGAAGUGGAAAAGGUCAACAUGUUAUUUAGUACAAUUACACUGCCCAUUGUUCUCUUCUUUGCUCUUUUCUGACUUUUUCCUUUUCUCUCGCUUCUAUUCUUCCCACUUUUGUUUUGUAAUUCAUCUCUCUCUCAACCUAAUUAUGUUCCUUUUUUUUUUUUUAAAUCCCCAUUAUCAUAAUGAUGACAAUGUAUCUGUACUUUGCUUAAAUGGUGUAAUUCAAAAUGGAGAGAUUUACAUAUUUAACAUGAUUAACGCACUAACAAAACUUGUUCCCUCCCUUGUGUUUUUUUUUUUUUUUUUUUAUGUAUAAAGACGAGCAGUUUUCAUACUGACUUGUGAAUGAACUUGUGCAAGUAUAAUCACUGAUUCGUUCAUCUUGGAUUUUGCAGUUUUGAGUUUUACUUUAUAAAUGUACCAAGAGCUUUAAGAUAUGUGUAGAUUUCAUGUACAGUGUGUAUGUUUUAGAGACUUUUAGCGCAUGUGAAAUGUUUUCUUAAGGGAAAUUGGCAAAAGCACACAAACGAAGCUAUAGAAAAGAUCCCUCGAUGUGUCCUGAUAAUGCCUGCAGUCAUGUGACUGGGAUGGAAUGGACUCUUGUUUUAAAUUCUGGUCUGUCAGGAGGGGAGUUGAAAUCCAUUAAACGUGCACCAACAAAUAAUGAGCACAUUACUCGAGAAAAUAUGUGGGAAGAUGACUGUAAAAGCAACAUUACAGGAUGUUGUCAAGACUCUUAAAUGGACAGAAGUGAGUGCUCAUCCUUGUCUCUGGAGUCGCCUCUAAGUUUAUACCACUUUAAAGUUGCCUCCGUUGGUGCGUGUCUUUGUUGUGUAUUUUCUAUUGCACUUUUUUUCUUGUUCUCUCAACUCUGAUUUUUUCCCCCCUCCUCUCAUUCUGUGGAAUUACAUCACAGUCGGCCCCUUUUCUCUGUCACCAUUUGCUUCAAAGUUAAACAUGCUGCCUGUUCAGCUGUCAAUAAUGUUUCUCCAGUGCGUUGCCAUGGAAAUGAUCCCCUGAACAAAAGCUAACAGUCUGAACAAAGAACGAAGGAAAGAGAUGUUAAAUGAUGUAACUAUGUCAAGAAAGGACAAAAAGACAAAAAAAGAGUGCACAUUAUAAUGGGACAAAUACAAUUUGAAAUCAUUUGUAAUUAAGGGUCUCUGUGAGAAUGAGUGUGUGGAAAUGUGUGUGUGCGCGUGACUGAAUGAAACAGAAAAUAUACUUGUAAAGUAAAAAAGUAAAUUGUUAUUUCUGUGUAUGACAUUGGCUCUUCAUAUUGUGUGCAUAUAAAAAAAAAAGUUCAAUAAAUAACAUAAAUAAAUUGAUUUCUGCAA